UUCGGAACAGCACCUCUGGCACCACUGCUGUCGGAUAAUUAGAAGUUGACAGAUCAUUGAAUGUCAUCGUAGGGGAGUAGGUAGGAGAUGAGAAAACGUCAAAAACGAUUACUGGCAGAAUUUGUUGCUUAAUGCGUUCAACUUUAUUAGAAGGAAGAAUUUGCUUUAAAUUUAAAAGUUUGUGGGUGAUUAGUAGAUUUAUUAAUAAGGUAAAAUCCGUAAGGUAUUCUAAAUAUGAAAACAGUUGAAUUUUCUAUAAUUUGUUCCUAAUAAUUUCUUAUACGUAUCUACUUAGAACUAAAACACACAAGCUGAAGUUUGUUAAACUUAAGACACCACAUUAAAGUUACAUACAAACAGAAAAGGGGGCAAAGAGCUGCAUAUCAUACAUAAGGGAGAAAAGUGAAGGCCGUUUGCAGGAGGGAAGUGAAGAGACUAACUGUAAGUUACACUAAAAUACACAACAUUAUUUCUGAAACUUAUUCCUAAAAUAAACUUGCAGCUUUGAUCUGCUUUGAGGAGGCAGAUUUCACGGACUUUUUCUUCAACUUCGACGGUUUCCGAACAAAAUCAAAGAGUUACGGACCUAACCUCAAAGAAUGGCUACACAGACCCCAGAAGACGGUAAUGAGCGACUAGCGACCUGUUUGAUGUGUGGUGGGCCGGAGGAUGACGACUUCAACAUGGUGAGUUGCAAUGACUGCAAGUUUUGGGCUCACUUCAAAUGCGCCGAAGUGACAGAUGAGGUGAAGGAUGCCGAUUGGUUCUGCCGAGACUGUACCAGGACGAGAGAGACACAUUUGCGAGUGUCCAAGAAGAAGAGUUCCAAGAAAAGGUCAACGAAAAGCGGAGUCGAUUCGAUACGAAGCGGAGGGUCAUCUGUCGCGGCGCAUGUAGCAGAACUAGAAGAGGAGCUACGUGCGAGGGAGAAUGCUCUGACGGAUCAGAUGGCACUUAGGGCAAAACGGCUCGAAAUGACAAGGAUGUGGAACGAAAAGCAGUUGCGAAUGGAGAAGGAAAUGCGUGAAAAGGAACUUCAAUUGGAGAAGGAGAUGCACAACCUUCAGUUGAAACAGGAAAAGGAGCUGUUAGAUCGUCAACUCGCGGCCGAACGCGAGUUCAUCCAGAAGAGGGACACCAUUAGACAGGAGGUGCAGUCCAGCAAAGAUAAGGUCCGAAAUUGGCUGGCUCAGAGAAAACAGCCGGAUUCUCAGCCGAAAGAUGAUUUCCGUGGUGCAUACCCCAAAGGAACUGUUCCGGAUAUUCGGAAUAAAGGAGCUUCACGGUCUUCUGUAUACGACAAAGAGGAGGAAACCGAUUCAGACGACGAGGACGAGGACGAGGAACUGGAAGAAAAGGAAGACUCGGUUUCGGCUGGAUCGCAGAGGUUGAUGAGCACCAGAAGGAAUGGGCCGGGGCAGCAAAUGCUUCGAGUUACGAAGGAGCAACUGGCGGCUAGGCAGGCCGUGUCUAAACACCUUCCAACGUUCAAAGGUGAACCCGAAAUAUGGCCACUCUUUAUCAGUAGCUUCGAGUAUACUACUCAAGCUUGCGGAUUCUCGAACAUCGACAAUCUCAAAAGAUUACAGGAUAGUUUGCAGGGCGAUGCCCUGGAAGCCGUAAGAAGUCGAUUGGUUCUUCCAGAUUCCGUCCCGGAUGUUAUCCGAGACUUGCGCAAUCUUUUCGGUAAACCGGAAAAACUGUUAAAAACGUUGAUGGCUAAAGUGCGUAACGCUCCCGCGCCGAACAUCGACCGCUUGGAGUCUUUUAUCCACUUCGGGAUAACCGUAAAGCAGCUCUGCGAUAAUUUAGAAGCUGCACAGCUGAAUGAUCAUCUGAAUAACCCGAUGUUAGUUCAGGAACUUGUAGAGAAACUUCCUCCAAGCUACAAGUUAGAAUGGGUGAGAUUCAAACGAGGUAAAAACAACACCCCACUCAGGAUGUUCACCGACUUCAUGACGGACAUCGUAUCUGACGUCUCGGAAGUUUCGGAUUUCGCUUCUUGCACGCGAAAUGAUGCGAUUCGUUCCGGAAAAGAAAGAACCCGGAAAAAAGAGUUCAUCCAUCUUCAUAACUCUGAGGCGAAGAGUGGAGAAAUACAGCCACCGGCGAAAAUCGGUACACCCUGUUGGAUUUGCAAACGUUCCGACCACAAGAUUCGCUUUUGCGACGAUUUCAAGCGAAUGAACGUUGCAGAACGCCUUAAGGUAGCAGAGAAACUGAAACUAUGUAAUCUCUGUUUGAAUUCCCAUGGAAACAGUCGGUGUACUUUUAAACUGCGCUGUUCGGUGAAGAAUUGCGGAGGAAAUCAUCAUUACCUGCUUCAUCGGCGAGAAGAAUCGGUGCAGCUAAUGGAGGUGGGGUGCAAUGCACAUCGGAACCUGUCACGAGGAGUGAUCUUCCGCAUGGUACCGGUAACAUUGUUCGCCGGAAAAAUGAGUGUGAACACCUUAGCUUUCUUGGACGAGGGUUCGUCUAGUACACUGGUGGAUGAAGCGAUCGCCAAACGAUUGAGACUACAAGGAGAACCUGAACCAUUGACAGUGACUUGGACUGGUGGAAUCAAGCGGUUUGAGAAUACUUCGCGUCGAAUCAAGCUUAUGAUGUCAGCGAAGGGCUGCAACCGACAAUUCACUCUGGAAGAUGUCCGCACCGUCUCCGAACUGAUGCUGCCAAAACAAUGCGUACGAUUUUCUGAAAUAUCGGAGCGUUAUCCACAUCUCUCUGACUUGCCAGUGGCUGACCAUUCAUCGGAGGAUCCAAAGAUAUUGAUUGGACUGGACAAUUUGCACCUGUUUUCCCCCCUUGAAUCACGCGUUGGAAAGCCGGGUGAACCGAUUGCCGUACGCUCAGCGUUGGGAUGGACAGUGUAUGGCCCGGAGACACAGCGCAUGAGGACUGAAGCGUUCAUCAAUCUACACACAAUCAAGCCAGCAACUAAUCAAGAGCUUCACGAUAUGAUGCGCGCUCAAUUUGUUAUGGACGAGGUUGGCAUCACGUCGUUUGGCAUUCCGGAGUCGGCUGAGGUGCAACGGGCACGAGCAAUACUACAGGAGACAACAGUUCGAAUCGGGGAUCGCUUCCAAACGGGACUUCUUUGGCGGGAAGACGUGCGACAGUUUCCUGAUAGUUUCCCAAUGGCCUUGCGUAGGCUAAAAGCAUUGGAACGUAAACUGGAGAAAAACGUGCCACUGAAAGAGAAUGUGACGAGACAGAUCAACGAAUAUCAAGCCAAAGGCUACGCGCAUCAGGCUACAGCGGAAGAGCUAGAAGAAGCAAUACCGUCGACUGUGUGGUACCUGCCGCUGAAUGUAGUUUUAAACCCGCGAAAACCUGACAAAGUUCGCUUAGUAUGGGACGCUGCAGCUACUGUUGAGGGUGUGUCGCUAAAUUCAGAACUAUUGACUGGACCGGACAUGCUAGUUUCACUUCCUGAAGUAAUCAGCCACUUCCGAGAAAGACCUGUUGCCUUUGGAGGAGAUAUAGCCGAAAUGUAUCACCAGUUACGUGUUAGACCAGAGGACAGAUCGGCACAACGCUUUCUCUAUCGCGCAAAUCCCGAAGAUGUCCCACAAGUGUUCGUUAUGGACGUACUAACGUUCGGAUCAACGUGCUCUCCCAGUUCGGCACAAUUUGUUAAAAACCUUAACGCUGAACAGUUCAUGAGCGAGUUUCCUGACGCGGCAUGUGCGAUAAUACGACGCCACUAUGUAGAUGACUAUUUUGAUAGUGCAAACACAUUGGAGGAAGCAACCGAACGAGCAAAAGGAGUCAAGUACAUUCACGCUAAAGGCGGGUUUUGUAUUCGUAACUGGGUUUCCAACCGCAGAGAGUUUCUUGAAGAAAUGGGCGAGACAAAAGCCUGUUUAAAGGUGCCGUUCACCAUGGAUAAAGACUACGAAUAUGAGCGAGUGUUGGGCAUCGUGUGGGAACCACUGUACGAUGAAUUUUCCUUUGCGGCCUCAUCUGCUGCAGAGUUCUACCGAAAGAGUAUCGACGGAGAACAUCCCACAAAAAGAAUGGUUCUCAGUAGUGUAAUGGCUCUGUUUGACCCCUUGGGCUUGCUGUCUCCGUUCACUGUGCGUGGAAGAAUGCUGGUCCAAGAUCUCUGGCGAACAGGCUGCGGUUGGGACGAGGAAAUCGACGAUGUGUCCUUUCAGAAAUGGCAAUGCUGGUCAAAGUUGCUAUUGGAAGUCGAGACGUUCAAGAUCCCAAGAAGCUAUUUCGGAGAAUCGAAGACAGACGAAAUUGAGGAUCUGCAGCUUCAUGUCUUCACUGAUGCCAGCGAAACGGCGUUUGGAUGCGUGGCAUAUUUCCGGGCAGUCAUUCGAGGGGAAGUCAAAUGUGCAUUAGUAAUGAGUCGUUCUAAAGUUGCGCCGAUAAAGCAAUUAUCGAUUCCUCGAUUGGAGCUUCAAGGUGCCUUGCUUGGCGCACGAUUAGCACGCACGGUUCACGAGAACCACAGCUACACCAUCAGCAACCAGUUCAUGUGGACGGACUCACAAACGGUACUUUCGUGGAUUCGAUCCGAUCAACGAAGAUAUAAGCAGUUUGUUGGGUUUCGAAUCGGUGAAAUUUUGAGUCUUACAAAGCUCACAGAAUGGAAUUGGAUACCAUCGAAACUGAAUGUCGCUGACCGAUUGACCAAAUGGGGUAAUGACAUGGGAUUACUGACAGACUGCUCAUGGGUCCGAGGACCUACGUUCCUGUACCAAAGGAAGGAGGCCUGGCCUACCAGGAACCUACCACCUGCAAAUACGGUUGAGGAGUUGCGAAUCAAUUUGCUUCUACACAACAUCAGCGUACCGAACACUUUGAUAGAUAUUCGCCGUUUCUCCAAAUGGACAGUGCUUGUACGAACUGUAGCAGUUUCGUUUCGAUUUAUUAAUAACCUUAAAAGGAAAGUUCAGGGACUGCCUAUCGAAACCUUGAAAGCUACAGCUGCUCAAGCCCGGUUGUUGAGUGAGCAUUCAAUCCCGGCAGUGCGGGUUCCGUUUCAACAAGCGGAAUAUCUGAAGGCAGAACGAUAUUUGCUGAAGAUGAGCCAGGCAGAAUCAUAUAUCGACGAACUGAAAAUAUUGCUGCGGAACAAAGAUUUACCAGCAGGUGAAUGGAUGACAAUUGAAAAAUCAAGUCCGCUCUACAAGGUGACCCCUCUUGUCGAUGAAGAUGGGUUAAUGCGUAUGGAAGGAAGAUCAGAACGAGCGGAAUUUCUCCCAUUUGAUUUGCGUUUUCCGAUAAUUGUACCAGCAGACCAUCCUGUUACAACAUUACUAGUUCAAAGCUUUCACGAAAGAUUCGGGCACGGUUACCGUGAAACGGUAAAAAAUGAACUCAGACAGCGCUUCUUUAUCCCCAAAGUUAACUCUGUAAUACGGAAAGUGGCGGCGGGCUGUGUCUGGUGUAAGGUUCACCGUAACCGUCCACAAGCUCCAAGAAUGGCACCCUUGCCAGUCCAGCGUCUGACGCCAAACCUGCGCCCAUUUAGCUACGUUGGCAUAGAUUACCUCGGCCCUUUUGAGGUGACAGUCGGGCGCAGAACGGAAAAACGGUGGAUAGUUUUGUUCACCUGUCUGGUGAUAAGGGCGGUGCACGUAGAGGUUGCAUAUAGCCUCACUACACAGGCCUGUUUGAUGGCAAUAAGAAGGUUUAUCUGCCGCCGGGGACCACCUUGCGAAUACUUCUCGGAUAACGGUACGAAUUUGAAAAGCGCUAGUAAGGAAAUCCUGAAGACUGUACGUGAUAUUGGACUCGACUGUGCGGAAGAAUUUACGACCGCCAGAACCAAGUGGAAUUUCAACCCCCCUGCAGCACCCCACAUGGGGGGUGUUUGGGAGAGAUUAGUAAGAUCAAUCAAGGAAGCAAUCGGAGUGCUGAAUGACGGGCGACGACUAACAGACGAAAUUCUUCAAACGUCUAUCCUAGAAGCUGAAGAUAUGGUAAAUUCGCGUCCUCUCACCUACGUUUCUGAAGAUUCCAUUGAGGCAGGCGCGCUAACGCCCAACCAUUUUUUGCGAGGUGUUUCUCCAAAUGAACCCAGCGAUAUUCCUCCAGUAACGAACUUGCCAGAAACGCUUCGCGAUUCGUUCAAACGAUCGCAAUACCUGGCUGAUGAAAUGUGGAAGCGUUGGAUCCAAGAGUACAUCCCAACAGUAAACCAGAGGACCAAAUGGUUUGCAGAAAAACGUCAGUUAAAAGCAGGAGAUUUGGUAUACGUCGUGGAAGGUUUAAACCGGAAAUCAUGGGUACGGGGAGUCAUUGAGGAGCCAAUCGUUUCCAGUGAUGGCAGAGUGCGCCAAGCCUGGGUACGCACCAAGAGUGGCGUGUUCAAGCGCGCAGCGGUGAAGCUAGCGGUGUUGGAAAUAAAUUGUGGUAACACUGGACAGGAUGUGGCCACCGGACCAGAGUUACGGGCCGGGGAACUGUUCGGAACAGCACCUCUGGCACCACUGCUGUCGGAUAAUUAGAAGUUGACAGAUCAUUGAAUGUCAUCGUAGGGGAGUAGGUAGGAGAUGAGAAAACGUCAAAAACGAUUACUGGCAGAAUUUGUUGCUUAAUGCGUUCAACUUUAUUAGAAGGAAGAAUUUGCUUUAAAUUUAAAAGUUUGUGGGUGAUUAGUAGAUUUAUUAAUAAGAACUAAAACACACAAGCUGAAGUUUGUUAAACUUAAGACACCACAUUAAAGUUACAUACAAACAGAAAAGGGUAAGUUAAACUUGCCUAUCUACAAAAUUAAUCUAAUUUGGACAUUUCCACACAAAACAUAGGGGCAAAGAGCUGCAUAUCAUACAUAAGGGAGAAAAGUGAAGGCCGUUUGCAGGAGGGAAGUGAAGAGACUAACUGUAAGUUACACUAAAAUACACAACAUUAUUUCUGAAACUUAUUCCUAAAAUAAACUUGCAGCUUUGAUCUGCUUUGAGGAGGCAGAUUUCACGGACUUUUUCUUCAACUUCGACGGUUUCCGA